AAAUAGUGCAGAGAUACCAGUGUCCAGAGAGAGAAGGAUUAGAUGCUGAACUGAGGAAUUUGCUGAAAUAUUAUGCUUGCAGCAUGUGUUAAUUUAGGUAGUGUUACCCCCUGCUUCUGGGAAAUAUAUUCGUAGGGACUUGUUGCAGUAAGGGCUGGCUACCUGCUAGGCAGUCACCUCCUCUGAGCUUUAGAAACUCAUCCUAUUUGGGCAGCCUUUCCACAUUCUGGACCUCUAAUGUUCUUAUGUUAUUGAAGUGCCAGAACUAGUCAUCAAGAGGGCUACAAUCCAACAGGCAAUAAUUGCUGGAAAAUCUCCUCAUUUCCGAGCCUUCUCCCACACCCCUUCAAGACAGACGUGAGCAAAGUCUCUCCUGCUCUCCCCAACCUCUCCUGGCUGAAACUUGUUCCAAUUUCACCCUGUAAACACCUGAUGUAAACAGAUGAAAUGGGAGGGGCCGGAAAGCUCUUCUUAGCUCCAGGGGGCUGGAGGUAAACAGAAAAAUAGUAUAUAAGAUGCUCUGAGACAGACUUGCAAAGUGCACAGACUGACAGGAAGGGUCUGGAAAAAAAAGAAACAAGCUACUUCUUCAGGCUCCACCUUCGGAGCCUCACUUCAUUGGAAGAAAGCGAGGUACCAGUCUGCUGGAGCACUUGCAGAAACUUUCAUCCCUACCCCAGCUGCAUUCAGACUACCCGCAGUCAGCUGGAAGUUUUUCCUGUUGCUGUAAGCAAAAAUGCCAGCGAGAUCCACCGCUCAGCUGGCAUGGCUCUGCAUCGUCACCGUGUCUGUGGCAAUCCACCCAGCGCUGCUGCAGAAGCCUCCGAAAAGGAGAACGAUCAACGGGAACGCGCAGUCCAAGGUGACAGGCUGCUGCGAUGAGAUGAAGGAGCUCAAGCUGCAAGUGGCCAACCUGAGCAGAAUGCUGCAGGAGCUGAGCAAGAAGCAGGAAGGUGACUGGGUGAACGUGGUGAUGCAGGUGAUGGAGCUGGAAGGGAGCACCAAGCAGAUGGAGUCCCGCCUCAUCGACGCCGAGAGCAAAUACUCCGAAAUGAACAACCAGAUCGAUAUCAUGCAACUCCAGGCAGCUCAGACGGUCACGCAAACUUCAGCUGCAGAUGCUGUCUAUGACUGCUCCUCACUUUACCAGAAGAACUACCGAAUCUCUGGUGUUUACAAGCUACCUCCUGAUGAAUUUUUGGGGAGUCCAGAUCUGGAGGUGUUCUGUGACAUGGAGACAGAUGGUGGCGGCUGGACUAUCAUCCAAAGACGUAAAGUUGGUUUGACAUCUUUCAAUAGGGACUGGAAACAAUACAGGGAUGGAUUUGGCAAUAUUCGGGGAGACUUUUGGCUGGGAAAUGAGAAUAUCUACCGACUUUCAAGACGCCCCACUGUUCUGCGAGUGGAGUUGGAGGACUGGGAAGGUAACAUACGCUAUGCACAAUACAAGCAAUUCACGCUGAGCAACGAAAUAAACAGCUAUCGUCUUUUUGUGGGGAACUACACUGGGAACACGGGCCGUGAUUCCUUAAGGUACCACAACAACACAGCCUUCAGCACGAAGGACAAGGACAAUGACAAGUGUGUGGAUGACUGUGCCCAGUUCCGUAAAGGUGGAUAUUGGUACAAUUGCUGCACAGAUUCCAACCUGAAUGGGGUUUACUACCGCAAAGGAGAACACACCAAGAACAUGGAUGGCAUUACCUGGUACGGAUGGCACGGAUCAACCUAUUCCCUGAAGAGAGUUGAAAUGAAGAUCCGGCCAGAGGAUUUCAAACCAUAGAGGGAACCAAUAUUUGAUUGCAAAGCUACACAAUGCCACUGCACAGAAGGUGGGCAAAGGACAGCUCAAAAUCAGCCAAAUAAUCGUUCAUUUCAUCUAAUACAUGCAACAGCUGCACGCUGGCUCUGUACACACACAGACACGGAGGCGCACUGAGCACCAGCCAUAGCCACCAGCGGUAUCAGGGCUCCAACUUAUUUCCUCCUCUUAAGGCUCUUUCCAAAGGGAAAAAUACUGUGUUAGAAUAGGUUAGAACAAAAUGCACUUACAGCACCUUCAGAAAACCUACUGGUGUGUUUCCACUAGCAUUGUGACUAGUGGGUUGCCUUAGUACUAACCAGCUAGGCAGGGACUGAAAAGAGAAUCCCUCCUUCAGCGUGUCCACUAAGCGUUGCUGAGUAAACUCCUUCCGAGAGGGACUCAAAUCACAAAAAUGACACACACAUUUCAAACCUGAGGAAUCCAUCACAAGUGUCCUUGAUGCACCUUUCUUUAAUGUAUAGUAAGCAGCUUAUCUUCCCACAGAGGGGAAAAAAAAGCAGUUCAAAAAUUCUGGCUUAAUUAGUCCUGCCCAGGUUCUCUCCUGAAGCUGUCCUGCCAUCUCCUGCUGCUGCCUCAAACAAGCCCCCCCAGAGGAUGCACCCGCAGACAGAAACCCCAGAGGAAGGACUUGUCCUGUAUGCUCUGUGAUGCUUAUUCCUACCCACAGAUCACCUAAAGGUUUAUUAUGUUGGAAAAGAUAUAGUUAAUAUAUCUAUUUUUGUUCACCUUAAAGAGAGUUUGAAUCUGAUUUAAAUAGUUGAGUCUUGUGCAAAAUGGGAGAUAAAGGUGUCUCGGGAAUUACCUUACAUAUGUUUGACUAUUCAUGCUGUAAAUUUCAACUGUGUGGAACUAGAAUUGGAACUAUUUUAACUGUGGUCUAUAAAAUUGAUUUUUAAAGGUUUCUAAACUUCUUAAUUUCUAAUAAAUUGUCUUUCAUUUUUAA